UGCCAGUAUAUUCAGGGUGGAAUCGACAAUGCAUUUCCCCAAAUAGAUGAGGUAGCAGACAUAAUUGUACGAAAGUCUUUAAAGAAGGUAAGCAAAAGCAUUGAGUAGUGGUAAUUACAACACAAUGAUCUGGUUAGUGGUUUCUGCACUUCACUUGGUAAUAUUAGAAUUCUGUUUUUAGGGUUUGUAAUCCAAGUGAAUAUAUAUAAUUACAUUUUAGGACCUAACCAGGAAUAACUGCGAAAAAUGCAGCACAAGGUCCUCUGGUAGGAAUUGAGAGGACCUUGUGCUGAAUUUUUCACAGUCGUUCCUGGUUAGGUCUUAAUAUAUUAUAUAUAUAUAUAUAUAUAUAUAUACUCACUUGGAUUACAAACCUUAAAAACAGCAUUCUAAUUACAACACAUUUUAAUUUGAGCAGUAUUUUUAAGCCCUUUUUCAAGACCAUUGAAAAACACUACACUACCCUACUAUUGCAUACAUUCAUUGUAAAUUUUAGUUGCAAGAAGCAAAGACCCAGCUUGAUGUCAACAAAUGUUGAACUGAAUGCGAGUGGAAAGUAGAUAUAGAUGGAUUGCCUUUAAAGAUCAAUCUCAAUGAAAGACACAUAUUGGUUAAUGAAAUCACCAAGUACUAUGUCAUCAUUAGAUGUAAAUCUAUGCUGGAUCAAUUUAUCCAAGGCCUUUCAUAUUAUGGGGUUUGAUAUUUUCAUACUAUUUACCGUACUAUUUGUGUAAUAACUACAGUAUGUCACCCGAUUUUUCAGAGUUAAUAAAAAAAGCAUGGCCGGAACUGGAACUCUGUUGUUUUCAGAGAGAUAGAAUAUCAAACGUUUUUGUGUCUAACAAAAGUUCACAGUAGGAAGUCAUUUGGAGUACACAAGGAAAAUAUGCACCAUUAACAUUUCAUUAUGACGUUUAAUGUUUGUCAAUAUUUUUAUUCUAAUGUAUGGCUUAAUAAAUCAGUUCCGGUUCCGGCCGAAACUUUUCAGUUCUGGCCGGAACUUCAAAAAUUAGUUCCGGUGCACCCCUAAAAACGUCUGAUUAACUAAUUGGCACACAUAGGUGUAUGGAUAACAAAAUUUUAGGGGGCAGCCGAUUUUUGCCUGAUGUGACCCCACCCAGUUAUUUUGCCCGAUGGUGAGCUAAAAAUUGCCCAACUGGUUCUAUAACUAUUGGUUCUAAAAAUUGCCUGGUUGGGUCAAAAUUAGGAGCCCCCCCCCCCCUUGUACACCUAUGCUGACUGUAUAAUUUGAGAUGACAACUAUUUCUUCACAGGUAUUAGAUUUUAUCAGAAGCAGUAAAGGGAUGGCUCAUCAUCUAUUUUCUUGCAAGAAAGGUGGCAAAGUGAAUGUUCAACAGGUGAUAAAAACAUUGAAGCCUGCUUUUUCACCACAAGGAAACCAGCGAAGAGUUAAAGAAGAAAUAGUGAUGGCAAAAUUCAUUGCCUUUUUAAAAUCAAUUGAAGGUAAACAUUUUUAAAUACUAACUUACAAUACAUGAGCAGGGCUCGAAACUUGCGGUAUCCGGAUAUCCACAGGAUAUCAGAUUUUAAUUUUGAAUACUGGGUAUCAUAAGCUCAGUAUCCCAACUGGAUACUAGGAAAACUUAGAAAUUGCUAUAGUAGAUAAUAAUCUAGACUUUGGGCAUGUUUCCGAACUUCAAUGUCUACGGAUUUUGGCAGAAUAUUUUAAAAAAAAAUAAAUUUCACAAACAGUGCUUUCUUUCGUAUCGCCGCAGUGUGUUAUUUUCAAUUUUUUCGAAUUUCAAUACACAUUUUUAUUAUUGAAACUAAAGGCCUGGUUUUUGUUCAGCAACUGAAGGCCUGGUUGCAAGGUAAAAUUUUGCCUUGCUUAGAUACUGGAAAUAGAAUAUCUAGUAUCCAAAUCUGAGUUACUAUAUUUCAAGGAUGGAUACUAGAUUCUAUGAUGCUGGCAUCCACUUGGAUACUGACAAAAAUUUCAAGUUUCAAGCCCUGCAUGAGACUUUUAACAGUGGAAAUUAAUGCAUAUUGUUUUCUAUUUCAGAUGGUACUUUACAGGAGUGCUUAGAAGACAGUGAUUUGAAAUUAACCGAACAAGAGAAAAGCAUCAUUCCUUUGUUGACACCAAGCCAUAUGCUACUGUUUGCAACUGGGGCAGCCAACACACCAUCUAUUGGUUUUGAUCCGAAACCAAUGAUAACCUUUGUUCAUGAUGAGGGAAAGUCUAUUCCUAGUGCGCAAACCUGCUCCAAUGCAUUAUAUUUAUAUGUCAAUGAUAAAACAACAAAUGGUGACUUAUCACAUGACCUCCUUACAGCAUUAAUGAAUGGAAGCAUUUUCAGCAAAUUGUAAAACUAAUAAUUAGGAAAUUGAACAGUUCAAUAAUAUGUUAUUGGCACUAUAAUUGAACAUUAAGUUUAAGGUGGAAUACUUAUAUACAUUAUUUAAUCAUUGUAUAAGUUGUUAUUAAAAAGUUUUGUUAUUUUGUUAAGUUUGUUAACAGAACCAGUUAUCAACUUGUCAUUCGACCCCCAUCCUCACCCAGGGAAACAUGGGGACUGGACCUUUGUAGACCCAGAUGCCAGAAAAUGCCCCACCUAUGGGUGUAAUCAGAGUGAUUAAGUUUCAUUCUCACACAUCAUUAGAUAUUCAUAGCAUUUCGGCCAAUGACAUGGUGUAAUUUACAUCACGUGUAUCUAUCUGGAUACCCCGUCUAGACCAGGACUUUAAUUACUUCAAGUGGGAAGGGCUUUAAACAAUAGGGAAAUUGAGGGGUAAACAAAAGAUUAUACAAAUAUAUUUAAUUGCUGUGUUUAGAAUUAUUUCUAAAUACAGUAAGCUGUAUUAAGAAAUUUUUUCUAACUACACUUUACAUCUAACACUUUUUCUGAACGUUCGAAAACUACAUAAAUAUACGAAAAAGAAAAUACAAUUUAUUUCCAACUAUCAUAAUAAACAGCGCUUUAAACACUACAGCAAUAAUACAGCAACUUACCAGUAAAUCAGUAAUGUUUACCGUCUAAUACAGCAUAUUCGCUUCGCGGCUCUUCCAUAUUUUCCACCAGACAGCGCCUUAUCGCACAUACAAUCUGAUAUAUCGUUUUUUCGGGGUACGGAUUUCCAUCCUUGCCAGCGAGUGGCUUUCUUUACAUUUUCAAUACACAAUACUGUGCUCAACACUUUCCCAUGCAUUCUCGAAACCGCUUUUUCUUAUAAGAAGAUGCCAUGCUCUUUUGCAAACAACUAUUCAUCUAUGCACGACGAAAGCGAACUGAAUGCUUCGUUACACUUCAUGCAAAUUUUCAAGCGAAUGCAAUCGUUAAUCCCACGCUCACUAUUUUGAAUAUCUAAUAAUUUCAUGCCUCAUGGCUAUGAAUAUCUAAUGUUGUGUGAGAAGCAAUUUCAAAUCCUCGUUAGUGCUUUAAACUUGGCUUCCAAAUCCCCAGUGCCAUGAACAAUGGCUCGGCUGCGCCUCGCCAUUGUUCAUGGCACUUGUAUUUAGAAACCACGUCUAAAACACUAACUCGGAUUUGAA